AUGGGAGCUUGCGCAUCAUGUUUGGGACGGGGCGAUGGCAAUAACUAUGAUGAGGAGGAGGAGAACCGCCUUCUUUACGACGAUGCCAACGGAAUGCAAUACGGCAGCUUUGGCGAUCAAGCCAUAAAUGGAGAGAACGACACACUCGAAUCCCAACGAGAGAACGAGGCACUGCAGCGAGUUAUUGCCAAGACAUCAGAUAAUAUGGUCGAUAUAUUCGACAUUGCUCCACAAGAGAAUGGUGCCCGUGGAACAACAACGCCUUUUGCCUACGCAGGCCAAGGUGCCCGUUUGGCCCGAUACCAGCAUCUCGUCUCAAAACUUAGCAGCCAGGGCGACAGCAACCCCGUGAACGGCGUUAAGGUCGACUGGCUUCCAGAGGACGAGACGAUCGAGAUGCGAAAGAACGGACCAGCGAGUAUUAAGACUCUCGAGAGCGACGAGGGACCUCUUGUGGGGACCUUUGCAGAUGCUGCAGCGGCAAUGCAAUAG